GCGUUUGCUUGCUCAUCACAAGCCAGAGAAAAGGCGAUCGUUGCAAAAGUAAGAGAUAAGAGAAGCAGAACCAUAAAAAGCUCCCUGACCGAUUUUGAAUUUCUUCUUAAAGGACAUAAAUUUAAGUUCAAGGUAUUACCUUUAUUGGCUGUGGCGAGGAUCUGGAGAAUGGUGGUGGCUGCGGGCGCGAAGUUUAAUUUGAGAAGAGAUAAUAGUUCUUCUCAUAAUGGUAUCAACGGUUAUAGCGGUGAUGCAGAACUUUCCAGAAUUAGCAGGGGUUGCUGUUUCACAUCAGUGACAGAGGUGGACAGAGACCCUUCUUGCGUUUCAUUCACCACUUUCAACAUUCUGGCUCCGAUUUACAAACGGACGGAUCCUCAGAACCAAGGCAUACGUGAAAGUAACUGCAGAUCAUUGUGGUUGUCCAGGAAUGAGAGGAUUCUCGAUUGCUUGCUUUCUGAAUCAUCUUCCAUUAUGUGCCUCCAGGAAUUUUGGGUUGGAAACGAAGAGCUUGUUCACAUGUAUGAGGAGAGACUUGGAGAUGCUGGCUACAAUCUCUUCAAGCUUGGUCGAACCAACAACCGUGGAGAUGGUCUACUGACUGCUAUACAUAAAGAAUGGCUAAGAGUUUUGGAUUAUCGAGAGUUGCUUUUCAACGAUUGUGGCGAUCGUGUUGCUCAAUUGCUACACGUUCAGUCAGUUUCCCCCUCACAAAACCAAAAAGGCAGUGUUCCCCAAGAGUUUCUGAUUGUGAACACCCACUUGUUAUUUCCUCACGAUUCAAGUCUUUGUUUAGUAAGAUUGAAUCAGGUUUACCAAAUAUUGCAGUAUGUGGAAUUAUAUCAGAGAGAAAACAGGCUCAAACCCAUGCCUAUCAUACUCUGUGGAGACUGGAAUGGCAGCAAGCGUGGUCAUGUUUACAAGUUCCUUAGGUCACAGGGGUUUGUAUCAUCGUAUGAUAUUGCUAAUCAAUACAGUGACAGUUAUGCCGAUGCUCACAAGUGGGUUAGUCACAGAAAUCACAGAGGAAAUAUCUGUGGUGUUGACUUCAUUUGGCUUUGCAAUCCCAACCAAGCACGUAAACCUUUGAAGACCAGUUGGGCUGAAGCUGUAUUUAGUAUACUAAAAUUCCAGUUGCGAAAAGCAUCAGAAAAUGAUGCAUUUGCCUUUCUGAAGGGUGACAACUAUGCUGAUUCUGUGACAUAUUUUAGUUUCUCCGAAGCACUUCGGCAGGUAAAGUUAAUUGGUGUGCCUUAUGGACUAUGCUUUCAACAAUUACAAGAUCUGUGGAAUCAUGCAGAUGUAGAUGGAAAUGGUGUCAUCGACUUCGAAGAGUUCAAGCAGAAGAUUUGGAAUUCAGCAUGUCCAGAUCAUGUGUUAGAAGAUGUGAAAGGGUGCAUGGAAGACGUUAACACAGAAUUGGAGCAGCAGCAGCAGCAGCAAGAAGCCAUUGGUUUUAUGAUAAAGAAUGCAAUGCUGUAUCCGCGUGAAGUGGAGAAAGGACUAUGGCCAGAAGAUUAUUCUCUCUCUGAUCAUGCUAGACUCACAGCUGUGUUUUCACCAGCAAGGAUGAGAUGUUCGGCCACACAAAACUGAACCUACCACCUACCAUACCUAGCUGGCUCCUUCAUGGCACUAGUAGUGUUCAGGCCUAUUAGAAUUGACCAAAAAAAAGGUUGUGAAAUACAAGGUAUACCAAUGGAAAAAGUUUCAAUUUUGAGACAAGUUUGAUAUAGGGAUAAACAAAAAGUGAUGUUUUUUCACUUUCAAUUUCAAUCCUUGCCAAACAUGUCCUACCAUUAACUAUUAAUCUGUCAUGUAUAUGAGCCUGUGGAGUCAAAUUACUGUAUGCUGUAACAAGUUUUGGAAAGCCCUGGCCAUGCUUUUUUCUGGUAAUGGGAUAGCAAUGUAAAGAUAUUUUUGCAAUGUA